CGCUGGGUUUGAAGCUGCGCGCGCGGACGCUGUGGCCGUUGCCGGAGCGCGCGCGGGGCUCGCAGGGCUCGGUCCCGGAGCCGCUCCUCGGCCAUGGAGGCCAAAAAGAAGCUGCUGCAGGUCCAGGAAGCCUUUGAGCUGACGCAGAAGCCUCACCAGAACCACGCGAAGCUCGUGGUGGCUCUGAAAAGCACUUACGCUCAGUUGGAUGAUAAAGAAGGCUUUAAUGAAAAAUUCAUUCAUUUCCUCAAGUAUGCUAUGAUAAUCUACAGACGAGAGCCAGCAGUGGAACAUGUGAUCAAUUUUGCAGCUAGAUUUGUUACUUCCUUCUAUCAGAUGGAAAAAGAAGAUGGUAGUGAGGAGGUAGAAGAAGAUAAUUUACUUCUGAAUUAUGUGUUUAAAUUUCUGCUUGAGUCUCACGAUGCGAACAGUCAUGCAGUUAGGUUUCGAACAUGUCAGCUUGUUAAUAAGAUUUUGGGAAAUAUGCCAGAGAAUGCUGAGAUUGAUGAUGACUUAUUUGAUAAAAUUAAUGAAGCUAUGCUGAUAAGACUUAAAGAUAAAUAUCCAAGUGUGAGAAUUCAAGCUGUCUUGGCCCUGUCAAGACUUCAAGAUCCCAAGGAUGAAAACUGUCCUGUUAUUAACAUUUACAGCACAAUGCUUGAAAAUGAUUCAAACUCAGAUGUGAGACGUGCAGUAUUGUCAUGUAUUGCUCCAACAGAAAGGACUUUGCCAAUUAUUGUAGGCCGCACUAUGGAUGUAARUGAAGCUGUCAGAAAGCUGGCUUAUGAGGUUUUGGCAGAAAAAGUUCACAUGAGAGCUCUGACAAUAGCACAGAGAGUUAAAUUGUUGCAACAAGGACUUAAUGACAGAUCUGAUGCUGUUAAGGAGGUAAUGAAGAAGAAGCUACUUAAAGCCUGGUUACAAUUCACUGAAGGGGAGGUUUUAGAAUUGCUUCAUAGACUGGAUGUAGAAGACUGCCCAGAAGUGGCCAUCCCAGUACUCAGUGCAAUUUUCUCAUUAUCUCCACUUCAUGACAUUGUUCAGAGCUGUAAAAACCUUGACAGCAGAAAACUGAUUCCACUGGAGGAUUUAACAGCCGAGAAUGUUUUAUAUUGGAGAGGUCUUUGUGAAUACCUAAAAUCAAAAGGUGAAGAAGGUGAAGUUUUGCUAGAACAGGUGUUGCCAGAACCAGCUGUAUAUGCAGAUUAUUUACUGAGUUACCUUCAAAAUAUGCCAGUUCUUAGCGAAGAACAAAAAGAAGACUUUAAUUGUUUUGAAAACCUGAUGACAAAAGAAUUUAUAGGCCAGCAACUGAUUCUAAUCAUAGACUGCAUGGAUAUCAUGGAAGAGGGAGGAAGAAAGCAUCUGUUAGUUAUUUUACAGAAGAUUCUUAUUUUACCUUCAACUUCAGCAGCACUUAUACCUUUUCUUGUUGAAAGAUUGCUCAGUAUUAUUAAGGAUGAGGACAGAAGGAUUCAAAUUAUUGCAGAAAUUAUAUCAGAAGUUCGUGAGCCAGUUGUUGCAGUUGACCAGCCUGUUGAUGCUGCUGAAAUAAGAAGGCGGGAGCUUAAGUUGGCUGAAAUAAAAGUGAAACUUUUUGAAGCAAAACAAGCUUUGGAAGAAUGCAUUACUCUUCAGGACUUUAACAGAGCAUCAGUAUUAAAAGAUCAAAUAACUGAGUUGGAACACACAAAAAAUGAUCUCCUAAAAGCAGCAGAGCAAGCUGAAAUUAAAGAAAUACAUGUGGAGAAGAAUGAUCCUGAAACAGUGUUGAAGUGUCUGACCAUGUGUUAUGAGCUUCUGAAGAUCAUGUCGCUUUCUAAAGGAAUCAGUCCAACCAUUAAUGCAAUCAUUCAGUCUCUGAUACUUCCAGGCAUAACUAAUGUUCACCCAGCUGUAAGAAAUAUGGCAGUCCUGUGUUUGGGUUGCUGUACCCUUCACAAUAAAGAAUUUGCCCAACAACAACUUCCAUUGCUGUUACAGAUUAUACAAAUAGAUAACAUAAAGAUCAAGCUCGGUGCUUUAAAGGCAAUCUUUGAUCAACUAAUGCUGUUUGGAAUUGAGCCUUUUAAAACCAGAAGAGACAAUGACUCUCAAAGUGAAAGUGCACAMAGUAGGACUGAAAAUGGUGAGGAUGAAAGUGCAACAGUAGAGGAGGAAGAGGAAACUGCCACAGUUAACAGCCUUCUGAAGCUUCUUUCUGGUUUCUUAGACAGUGAGUUUUCAGAACUUAGGACAGAAGCUGCAGAAGGCAUUGCCAAACUGAUGUUUUCUGGGAGGCUGAUCAGUGCCAAGCUCCUUUCUCGUCUUGUUUUGUUAUGGUAUAAUCCUGUGACUGAAGAGGAUACUCGGCUUCGACAUUGUCUGGGAGUUUUCUUCCCUUUAUUUGCUUAUGCAAAUAGAUCUAACCAGGAAUGCUUUGAAGAAGCUUAUUUUCCAACUCUGCAAACACUGUUAAAUGCUCCUGCAACAUCACCUUUGGCUGAAGUAGAUAUCAGUAAUGUUUCUGAACUGUUAGUGGACCUGACCAGACCAAGUAGACUAAAAUGCCAGUCCAAGAAAUCUCAGGACUAUCAGGAGUUAACAGURCAUGAUACUUUAGCCAUGAAAAUUUGCAAUGAAAUCCUGGCAGACCCAACUGCACCAGAUGUCCGUAUUUAUGCAAAAGCUUUAAAUUCAUUAGAACUCAGUAGUUCUUCUACAGAGGAUCUUCUGGUGUUGCUCAGUGAGAUUCAAAAGAAAGUGGAAGAUAAACCGUGUCUAAAAGCUAUUGAGAAGAUCCAAAUGAAAUUGACCAAGGGUGCUAAUGUGAGCAAAAACCACUCUGGAGGAACUGAGGAAACRGGUCUCUCUGAAAGGACACAGCAAAGUGACAUCCCAUUGUCUGAAAAUACAGUUCACAAUGAAGGAGAAAAUAAUAAAGAUGCUCUUCAUACUCCAGUUAAUGAAGUUAAAGAAAAUGCAAAAUUAAGAUCUACAAGAAGCAGAGCUGGCAAAGGACAACAGAAAGCAGCAGCAGAAGUGAGGUCUAUGAGCAGAAGAAAAACUGGUGCAAGUGUAAAACGUGGUAAUGAAAGUUGUGAUCAAAUUCCAGRACCGGUCCCAGUGUCAAGUUCAAGGCCUCAAAGACGAGCAAAAACUUUGGCACUGGAGAAAACCCGAAUGAAUCUUUCAAGACUGUUGGAUGAGGAAACAGAUUAGUGAAGACAAAAGAAGAAAGUAUCUUUGUCAACAAUGGUAGUUAACAACAGACUUGAAAAUAAGAUUUUUUUUUCUUGCUUUUCAUCCUUUGCAGUUUUUGUUGGAAACUUGUCAAACUUCAAAAUGCCAUGACAAACUUUUCUGCUGUUAUUUGCUCUAUUCAGAAGCUUCUGUAACUGUGAUGAAUUAUUUCUGUAAUUUUAAACACAAUUAUGAGGUCCUGACUUCCCUCUUUUGGUAACUCUUCAAAUCCCCCAAUUGUGUUGUAGUAUGAGUUUGUGUCCAUAGCAGCCCCUUUAGAUCAGAGAUGCUCUGUCCCCUUGAAUGCUGCCUGAAGAUAGUUGGAAUAGGCAAAGUAUAUCACUGUUUUUCUCAACUGGGGAAAUUUCUCAAACUGGGGCUUUAGUGUUGGGGUUUUUUUUAAGUUACAAGGUCUCUCAUCCUCCCUCUCUUGAGUGGUUUGCGCUUUAAGCACCACUACACUUUCAACAACUGGUGCUAGUCCACUCUUAAAAUGAGUUUCAAGGCAAAGCAGGAGCAAUAAAAAUCUAUCUUCCUGAACAAAUUUAAGA